AUGGCAGAGCCGGCAGAACAAGGAGUUUCUGUAUCGACAAUCUUCCUGGAGUCCAGAAAACCGACCUUGCCGUCGCUCGUUCUGCAGGUGACGAGGCUUGUAGGGUCGUACAUGCUUUGGAUCGGGGUCCAUGAUGGUACAGCUGAAAGUAAAGAGCAAGCUGUAAAACAGGGAAGUCUAUGCAAAGACUGGGCUGUUGCGAUGCCCCCAAGAGCUCCUGGAAUGGGAGCAAAUGCGACGUCUCUUUUCCGAUCUGCUAGCUCGGAUAACGCCUUCCCGAUGGCGCAAAGGCUAGUUGGGUUUGGCCAGGGACCAGAACUUGUGCUAGAAGCUGAACGCGGAAUCGUGGAGACGUUGAAGGAGCUCGAGAAGUAGCACGGUUGACGGCGGCGGCUCUAUAUUUCUGGUCGAGUCACAUGGAAGCUGGCCGAGAAGAGAGGACUGUUUUGUUGAACAAAUCGCUAUCGAUUGCGCACGGAUUAUUUG